AUGAGUGGCAAGUGUGCGUCGAGUGCGUUGCCGAAAGAACUGAAGGCUACGGACCCAGGGUUGCAGGCUAAUUAUGAACGGUUCAAGGAAGAGGUGACCAAAAAGGCGUUGCAAGUUUUACAGGAAAUAAUCCCGCGCAAGAUGAAGGAGUUUGACGAUGUCAUGCCGAUAUCCGCGGAGCCCAUGUCGCUCAUGAACGUACAGGACUUCCCCGCCGACGAUGAGAUGUACCGAAUACCGAACAUCAUCCUUUUAUCGGAGAAGGACGCCUGUGUCAAGAAUGAAAAUGGAAAAAGACUACGAACGGAGUCGGUCGAGACCCAACCAGGUGUAGUUAUGAAGUUGCCAGAGUAUAUUUAUGAUGCCAAAGCCCUCUCCAAUAGUGUGAUUAUGAAACGGAUUGAGAGGAUGAAGACGGAAUCGGCUGAGCUGCUGGAACUCGUCGCUUCUGUUAAGCUUUGGAUACAGCUGAACAUUCCUCGCAUUGAAGACGGGAACAAUUUUGGUGUUGCGAUUCAAGAGGAUGUGAUUCACGAGCUAAGUCGUGUGGAGGAGGCUGCCUUCAAUUUGCGGGAUAGUGCUAGCAAGUACUUCCUUCAACGAGCAAAACUCAUUACAAAAAUCAUCAAGUACCCCAACGUGGAGGACUACAGAAAUACGCUAAAAGAGCUUGACGAAAAACAAUGGUUCCAAAUGAAGGUUACGGAUAUGGAUACGAGAAAUAACUAUGCCAUUAUCUACGACAUGCUCUAUAAGAACUGGCACAAGGUUGUCAGACCUAGAACCACUGACGGUUCAAUGAUGGUUUAUUGA